AUGAGGCUGAGGGCGGAAACUGCGUUCAAGCGACACCUACACUUGUUCGCUUUUAGGAAUGGCUGGGAUAGUGAUGAGGUGAAGGUUCUGGAGGACUCUGGUGUCAGUGACACAUUUUUGGAGUCAUUUUGGUGGGCCCAAAAAGCCAACUUGAGGGACCCCAUCAAGGGGGAUAAUUUGAAGGAUAGGGUACCCGCCGAUGUUCUAGAGGCCGAGAUUAAACGACUGGCUCGCGAACAUGUUUAUAAACACCUCGAAAAGAUUGACAACUUACUCAAGACCAUGGCGCCUGCAACGAGAGUCCUUGAUUUUUAUGGGCUACCCAGUCUGUUUGUGAUCGACUGCGAGCAAGAAAACCAUGGCGUGUGUAUCCUUGCGUCGCAGGGCCUAAAGGACCAGUGUGAAUGGGAUGAGUUAAGGAGGGAAAUAAUACAGCAGCUCAAAUCGCACCAAUGUCCAACGCAGGCUCGACAACCUCACACCCUACUGCCCAGGAGCCCAGACACGCUCUAUUCUCCCAAUCCCCCCAUUGGCAACCAAACUGAAGAUCUUCCUCGAUCACACUCCAGUUCCCAAGCCUGUCUGAACGCUUCCGUGGCCAGCUGGCGGUCUGGAGUUCAGCACAGUAUGUCAGCGUCUGGGGCACCUUCUGUCCAAACGCCAACCUACCGACAAGUGGUGGAUGAGCCACCCAUACAAAGUUCGUCUUACCCUUCUCAUCACUCCCAGACUAUUGAAGUGUCCUUAGUGACCAACUUCCACAUGCCCCGCUUGCCCGCCACCAAUGGAGGAGUUACACUGCACCAUCAUACAGCAGCCACCAGUGAGGCCACCAGUACUGGUUGGCAGAGCAAAAAACGCACCAUGGGCACUGGCUCGAGUUUGACUACUGAUAAACCAAGCGUGAAAACCAGUAGCUGGACAGAAGUCAGUGAUUCAAUUGACGAUGAUGACGCAGCUGCUCUCAAGGAGUUGCAGCGGAGUUUGGCAGACAGUUCACUUCAAGCGCCAGUGGAACACAGAAGGUCUGCUGAAACUAACGCUGAGGUGGUAUCAACCCCAGGCUCCUUCAUCUCACGAACUCCCCUAUCUCUCUCUUUGCCGGUUCUCAGCCCACCACGUGGGAUACACACCCGUAGACGAGCUGGACACGCAAGCAUUGCAACUGCCAGUACGACCAGCACAGACAUCUCAAUGCUUCUGCAGUCCAUCAGCAACAGAAGCUCCACUCGACUUAGCGACGCCGAUGUUCGGGCCAUCAGUACCCUUUGGCUUAGUGAUGCAUUGAGUGCGGAUGAUCUCUCCCAAGUUCUUAGGAGUCAGUUCCACAUUAGCGAGGAAUUUGUGCGCUGCUUGAUUCACGUGCGCCAGGCCUGGAUGGAGGAUGGCCACUAG